AUGCAUUCUCUGUCAAUGGGGCAGGGCUGUAGCAGCUCAGGUGUCCCCUCUGGCUCGGUGGUUCAGGUGUGCUUCCCCAGCUCCCAGGCGUCUGUACUGGACAGCCUGAAUCGGCAGCGCGAGGAGGGCCAGCUCUGUGACCUCUCCAUCCAGGUCCAGGGGAAGGUGUUCAAGGCCCACCGCUGCGUGCUAGCUGCAUCCUCACCCUACUUUCACGACCAGGUGCUCUUGAAGAACAUGUCCACUGUCUCCAUCCCUGCCGUCAUGGACCUGCUGGCGUUCGAGAGUGUCCUGAGCUGCGCCUACACGGGCCAGCUGCGCAUGCUCCGCGAAGACAUCGUCAACUACCUCACCGUGGGCAGCGUGCUGCAGAUGUGGCACAUCGUGGACAAGUGCACAGAGCUCCUCAAAGAGGGGCGGGUGGUGGGUAGCGCAUCCCAGGGGGUCAUUGGAGGAGUGCAGGGGAACCCUAGAUGCAGUAGCAGUGAAAGCUCCCUAGCAGGUGGAAGCAACACCCAGGCAGCCCCUCACCCUCCCAGCCGUCCGUCCCUGAGUGAGAGCCAGUCUCCCAGCAGCACCAACUACUUCAGCCCCAGAGAUGUCAACUCCGGAGGGGGAGCAGCGGCAGCUGGAGCUGCAGGGCAGGAAGGCGUGAACGCCACUCCCAGCUACUGCACCCCUUCUGGGGCCGAGGAGGCCUUCCUGAUCGAAGAGGAGGAUGAAGAAGAGGAAGAAGAGCUCAUGUACCAUAGGAAGCAAGGGAGCAGCAGGAGGAAACGGACAACCUCUGUCUCGGACCAAGAGGUUGGAGUCAGCGACCGCUUCGGAGUGUCGUCCUACCAAGACGGGGACGCCUCCCCUCUCCAGAAGCGACCCACCUACAGCCAGCCCAGCAUCAUGCCCCGGAAGCAGUGGGUGGUGGUGAAGACGGAGGGACCCCAGGACGAUGACCUGAUUGUGGUGUCAGGGGAGGAAGGGCCAGAUGAGGAAGAGGAGAGAGAGUUGGAAAUGUUGAGGGAGAGGGAGAGGACGUUCAACAUAUCCAACGUCAGGACUCUGUCUGGAGAGCUGAGGAGCAGAGCGGACCAUGAGAUGGAGACACAGAUGGAUUACUGCCAGUCUUCUGAAGACUACCUCAAGUUUGACAGUGGUUUGAUGGACCAGACUCCCCCACAGCACCUUCAUGACAGCGCUGGUCAGAGUGGUGGCAGAGUCGUUUCUGCCCUACUCGGCCAAGUCCAGUCUGCUGCUGCUGCUAGAGCUCAGCUCUUUCCCAUAGACAUGCAAGGCAACCAGAUCCUCAUGUACAGCCAAUCCUCUUUAGACUCCUCUCAACCCAUAGGAAUAGGAGGUGGUAUGGCUGGGGCACCAUUUAAAGGGACAAACUUAGAGCAUGGAGCGGUCCAUUUGUCAGCACAGGGGGGUUUGGGCGGUGGCAUAGAUGGACUGGACGGGGGUGGUGGUGGCGGGGGUUCAGGGAAGGUGUUCAUGUGCCACUGUGGAAAGACCUUCACCCACAAGAGCAUGCGUGACCGCCACAUCAACAUGCACCUGGACCUGCGGCCUUUCAACUGCCCCGUCUGCGCCAAGAAGUUCAAGAUGAAGCACCACCUGACGGAGCACAUGAAGACCCACACGGGGCUCAAGCCCUACGACUGCCACGGCUGCGGCAAGAAGUUCAUGUGGCGCGACAGCUACAUGCGGCACCGCUCCCACUGCGAGGGACGUGGCGGGGCGGCUGGCAGGAGCGAGGAUGGGGGAGGGUCCGACCGCACUGAUGGCGUCUCCCCUCAGCAUCUCCCCCUCUCGGCCAGCGAGGCCGGUCAAGAUGCCGUUGGUUGCAGGACUGGGAUCUCUGUCUUGUCGCCACAUCAUUCCAGUACAGGUAGCAGCAGCAAUGCCGUCUCGUGCCUGACCAUGGUCGGUGCAGGAGCGCGCUUAGGGGUCAACUCUCCAAGCGUGUUGCAGGGUCAAGGUUCUGUGUUUGGUCUGGGGGUCAGCCAAGGUGGGUGUGAGGAGGAAGUGUGUGAGGUUGGUGAUAAUGAUACUAGUGUCACUUGA